ACAAACAAACGCCACCGACGCCAUAUUUUCCUCCCAUGUUGGCGUCUCGUUCAUUUAUUUAAGGUUUUUCUCCCCCUGUGAGUAUCACAACCACUUCCAGUCUCUGUUAAUGUCAAAAUUAACAUUUUGAACUUCCCUCCCACGUCCCUCAUCAACUGAUUUUAUCCCAAAACUCCGGGAGAGAGAAAACUUCAAGAAUUAUUUUUGUUUGUGAAGUCCUAGAAAGGGUGAGGUAAGCCCAAGGAAGACCAUGACAGCUGAUAUCAAUAGCUCCAAUAUAAGACCUAGGCCUGGUCCAGAUGCUUUUGCUCCUGGCCUUAGGAUGGCCCUGCCAACAAACUACCGGCAAGUAGCCAUGAUGGGCCCCUCCCCAACACCAGGCCCCACACAUGUUUACAUGCCCGCGUCACCACUGAUGAGCAACAUACUAAAAGCCACCACGACCUCAUCCUCCUCCACCUCUUCUGGAAAUGGAGGCUCAGGGAGUUCGAAAGACCGGCUGGCACGUACUCCCAGCACCCCUUCGUCCUCCUCCAAAGGGGUUGGGGAGGCAAACGUUCCCAGUCCAUUCACACCUCCAGUGCACGGCAACCCGGCCUUCAACCCACAGAAGAUGGGGUCGGGGAAGGGAGGGGUGAGUAAGCAAAGUGGGGAAGGACGAAUCCCAAAACCUCCAAAAGCACCCGACAAGCCAUUAAUGCCGUACAUGAGGUAUUCCCGUAAGGUUUGGGAUCAAGUGAAAGCAGCAAACAAUGAUCUCAAAUUGUGGGAAAUUGGCAAAAUAAUUGGGUCUAUGUGGCGAGAUCUACCUGAAGCGGACAAGCAGGAUUUUGUUGAUGAGUACGAGUCGGAGAAGGCGGAUUACACUAAGGCUCUUGAGGCGUAUCACAGUUCACCCGCUUAUCAGCAGUACCUGGCAGCCAAGUCUAAAGGGUUUCUCCCCCUAGCAGGAACUGUAGCCACCGAAGAGAAGGAAAUACUUGACCGAUCAUCUAGUACCACGACACCGGGGACGAAGCUUGAUCGCCGUAUUGAUAUCCAGCCAGCUGAGGAUGAAGACGACUACGAUGAUGGACUAAGUGUGAAGCAUGUGGCACAUGCACGAUAUGUACGCAAUCAUCGCCUCAUCAAUGAAAUAUUUUCUGACACUGUUGUCCCUGAUGUGAGGUCGGUGGUCACAAGCCAACGUCUGACAGUAUUAAGACGACAAGUUCAGUCUUUGACUAUGCACCAGAAAAAACUGGAGACAGAGUUGCAACAAAUUGAAGAAAAAUUUGAAGCAAAGAAGCAAAAGUUUAUGGAAGCAGGCGACAGUUUUCAGGGGGAACUAAAGAAGGUCAAGGCUAUGGCCCCAAAGCUAGAUGAAACAUCUUUUGCUGCCAUGGUAGAACGACAGAAGGAAAUACUACGACGAGAGGCUGAGGAACGGCAGCGCAGUGCACAAGGAUUACCUCCAAGACCUUCGUCAACUUGCUCUUCCCAAGCAGCAACACCUAGUAGCCAAUCUACAAGAGAAGAUGGCAACGAAGCUGCUGGCCCUGCGCCCCAGAACACAGCCACGCCAGUGGAUGCUGCACCGUCUCCUGCGCCAAUGCAGGAAAACGACAUGGGUGGAGAUGACGAUAGCAAGAUGGAAGCUUCCACUGGUGCGACGUCAGCUGCUACAACAUCUGCACCAAAUGUUCCGGUUCCUAGCAGUAACACUCCUAUUGCUCCUGCUGUCAAUGGCCCGACCUCUACUGCCCCAUCCAAUGUCCAACCAACAGUUAGUGGUGCCCCAGCCCAACUGCCCUCAACCCACAAUACCUCAAUACACCCACCUACACAGAUAGCACAAGCAGGUAGUACUCAUGGCAGCUUGAUCCCUCCACUUCAUUUAAGUCAUGCCCAGAUGACACCAACCAAUGUUAUUCCUCCAAACAUGAUUCCUGUCCAUGCAUCUCAGAUAGGUCCAGUCCAUGUUGGCCCUCCCCAAAUGCCCCCAACUAAUGCUCCUGCUGGUAACAUGGUGCCUUCACACCACCCGCAGAUGGGUUCAGUUCAUGCUGGUCCUCCACAAAUGGUCCAAAGCAAUGCAGCCCCAGGAAACAUGAUCCCUUCUCACCAAGUUCAUAUUCCCACAAUUCAUGGCCCUCCGCAAAUGGGUGUAGCUAGUGCCGCACCUGGUAACAUGAUGCCGCCCCAUCCUGCCCCAUCCCAUACCGCACCUGCACCUCAGCCAUCUGCCCCUCCUCCUUAAUGUUUACGUGUGACAUUGAAGUCCAUGCUUGAGUGCCCAUGAAAUUGCAUACUUGGCUUGUCAUUUGCAACAGUAAAAUCCACUAAUGUUGCAGGAAGAAAUUACAUUUAAUGAAAUAAACUGUCAUUUGUAACAUACUAAGAAAACCCCACAAUAUAAAGAGCACAAAGAAACCCAGUGUGUUUUUAACAUAUGGUCAGAAUGCUACGGUUUUGUUUAUUUGAGAGUGGGUUUUUUGUAUUACAGUGGUUGCACUCAGCAAUGUUCAUGGAACUGAGGCUAUAGUGCAUGCAUUGUAUUGAUUUUGAAUACUUUUGUUUAGUCUUUCUGUACUUCAAACGUACAGCAUGGGAUCAGUGGUGUUAAUGUGUAGUUCACACACAGAAGGUUGUAGAAACUGGGGGAGCUUUAUUUUUAAGGGGAUAUACACAUUUCUUCCUAUUUAAACAGGAUAUGCAAAUUUUAACUUAAAAUAUAUUUCUAAGGUCAUACUGUGUAGCUGAGGACUUUAUCUCCAUUACCAGUAGUCACAUUUUCUGCUAAAAUAUAUUUCAAGCAUACAAAAUUUUGAGCAUAAAUUUUUAUUGGGCAUUCCCCAUUAUUGUGAAGAGAACAUCGUGUUAAAUAUCAGUUUUAAUUUCAGGAUGUUACAAAUUCCCCUGUAUAAACAUUUUUUAAUUGUCACUAUAUUUUAUUGUAUCUGUCUAGUUAAGGCAUGCAGUUAAAAAGUAAACAACAGACAACCCAACACACUCAAAUGAUAUGAAAGUGACAACGCUUUAGUCUGUCCUGGACCCCUUUAGGGGUCCGUUCAAAACGUCGUCAUUUCCAUUUAACUUCAGGUGUGGGUUGGGUUAUUUGUUUCAGCCACGUUAUUGUGACUAAUUCUCUUCACGUGAAGAACAGAAUGAAGCUCAUGUUUAAAUCUAAUGUUAAAAGUUUAAUGAACAUUGAUGGUCAGUUACAAUAAUGUUGGAUUAUAUUUACCGUAAUUUAAUUUACAAUAAGGAAGACCUAAGACUUAAGUUAAAAAUUGUGACAGUAUAAAUGCAUUUAAAUAAAAAAGUUAAGUA